AUGUCUUCGCCGAAAGGACAAACCAUCGACCUCGCAAGUCUUUCGACACAGCAGCUGAGCCAAGUAAAGAAACAACUCGACGACGAGCUCGAACACCUGACGAAUUCCUUCACUCAAUUACGGGCAGCGCAAGCCAAAUUCAGAGAAUGUCUGCGGUCAAUCUCGACUGGUGUGACACCAAAAGCUGGAGACAAGCCGAUCUUGGUGCCGUUAACGACAUCGCUGUAUGUGCCUGGAACCUUGGCAGAUAAAGAAAACGUUAUCGUGGAUGUUGGCACUGGAUUUUACGUGGAGAAGAGCACGAAGGACGCAACGAAAUUCUACGAGGGCAAAAUCAGUGAGCUUGGAGCAAAUCUGAAAGAUUUGGAGACCAUAGUUCAAGGCAAAUCCAAUAAUCUUCGAGUCGUUGAGGAUGUCUUGCGUCAGAAAGUUCUUGCCUCUAGCGCAGCACCAACAAAAGCUUGA